GUUCAUAUGUCUUGCUCAAUGUUUUUGUUGUAGCUAUCUCGCCGCUGUUAAGUUAAGUCGCCACAAAAUAGAAAUGACAGGGCCAGCGGUUUGUCUUGUGUUUGUUCUUUUUGCCUUAGUAACGUCCACAGAGUCGUCACCCGGGCAGCUGAAUACGGAAAACAUCCUGAUCAACGUGACAGCAGGGACUUUGGCGGACACGCAGUUGCAAGACUCCAACAACUUACAGAUAAAUUUAAACAUAUCGGUGGGUGAGGAGCAGGUGUUGGUCAAUGACAUCCCAGUGGAACUGUCAGGGGUCACCAGGUUCAACUGUCAAGCACUUCUCUUGGACAGCAUCAAUGGAAGCAGUGAGUUUGAAUCUGGGGACUUGGUGUCCACUGUCACCCGGGUGAUGGUGAGCCAGAACCGGCUAUACAGUGACUCAGAGGAGGUGGUGGCUCUGCAGGUGUUCAGUGAAGUAAUAGAGAUGGAGGGCAAAGAGGUCCAGCAGCCUGACAUGUGUGAGGUGAAGCUACUGAUGAGCCCAGAUUUCCAGAAGUUGGCUCAGUUCACCAAUAUCUACCCCAUUGGACACAGUGAGAUCUUCAGGGUUCCCAGGGAGAACGAUGUGGUCGUCACUGAUCCACCAAGCCCCAGAAAAAAUGAAGAUCAGCUGAUCUCUCACACCACCAGCCAGUACCCCCUGAAGCACACAGAGACCACCCAGGAGGAGACGGCAGCUCCUGGGAAGCUCCCAGAGACUCCUCUGCGCAUGGACCCCGACCUGCUGUAUGAUGUCAGAUACGACGACGGACUCGAUGACCGACCGAGCCAGCCGGAUCAGAUUCAGAUGGAAACUCCACCCAAAGAAUUUAUAUCAUCUUACUCUGCCAUGUGUCAGUGGGUGGAGAAGGUGCGAGAGCGUCUGAGGCGCUUCUGCUCCGAGUCCCUGCCUCUCUUCUUCCUGGUCAUGUGGGUGGUGGUGAUCGGCGUUGUGGGAUCAGCCGUCAUAGUCAAGAUCUUGGACAUGUUCUUCCCAGCGUGUGAACACAAGCACAUUUUUCACCUAAACCCCGUCACCCUGAUCCCAGAGGAUGAGAAACACACUCUGCUGGAGAACAUAGAGAUAGAAGCGGAGGGAGAAGAGAAGAAGCCCUGAAAGGGGAUUGGCUCGACCACUACCUUUGUUUUCAGUUUGUUCUUGUUUAUUCUUUAACCUUGGUUCCUAUGUUAGGGUUUCAGCAUGGCCUGGUUUUGUCCCUCGCUUAUAUUCAGACUUUAAUCACUUGCAUUUCACUUCAAUUUACGCACAUAAGCCACGAACAGGGGGGGUUGCUUUAAAGCCAUCAGAUUGACUGAACUCAGUUUCCUGGUUUAAUGAUAGUUCACAUCCCUCUGAUUUAGUCACAUGAUCACAGUGAGUGGUUUACAGUGAUGUCAGCUAAGAGCAGUCACGUGAAGUCCCACUCGUUAUUAGAGUAUCAGAGCAUACGUGAGUAUUAGAGAAAAGAAAUGAGCAUAGACAACCAAACUCUUUGCUGUGAUUGGUCAGGCAGAGUUUGUGAAAAGCCACUUUUAUUAAGUCACAAAUGAUGAUGCACUUUGUUUCUUGUCCAGCUCAGUAACAAGUUACUUUUUAAUCAGCAAUGACCUCGAGUACUUUUUGUUUUUCUCCAAAACACGCCAGAGCAAAGAGGCUUAUUCUUCCAAAUAUUUUGGAAACAUUUAGCAACAGCUCUUUAUGAAGAUCAUCUGAUCCAAGCUUUUAAAGGAACAGUUCUACACUUCUGUGUCCUGGGUGGGACGUGAGAGUCAUUGCUCCUCAUUUGUGGUGCCUCCGCUGCAGCACAGGGUGAGUUCUCAGAUUUGCUGUGGCUGGAGAGUAAAGCACUCGCCCUGUGUUUGUUGAUGAUAUACAGAGAACCCAAAACGGUUCCACACUCAUCAGGCUCCUCCAUUUUUAUUCAUCAGCUGUCUACUGGUAGGUCAGUGGGACAUGCAGUAGGUCAAGUUGGUAGUGAAUUUUUUCGAACUGCUGGACUCGUGGAGGAAACUACUUCAGUCACUUAACGUUUAAUUCAAACUGCUUAUUUUCGUUUAUUUAUUUUGUUUUUUUUUUUUACUUUUGUCCAACAUUUGAGAACAAAAGUUAGAAUUUUGAAUAAAAGUAACAGCCCCAACUCCAGGAAGUCAGCACUUGAUCCUUUCAUCCCAAACCGUAGACCUAGUCUUAUAAGCCGACAUUGACGACACGUCUUGAAAGUGGAAAAAAUGGAAGUGAUAUGCAGCAGAAGAUCAAAAGCUUCAUAGCGACACAGUUUUGUCAAAGUUUGUUUUUUUUUCGUUGUUGUAUCAUGUCACCAAAACUUAGCAACGCGCACCAGAACAGUCACUAGCUUAGGAAAAACAAGUUUAACAAAUGAAUCGGAACAAACUGAACAUUUUAGCAGAUGCAUCCAGUGAUUUGGAGUUUUUCUGUUCACUGAAAAUACUUUCUGUCUGUAGCAGUUCUGUACAGGUCUCAUUGGUUUUCUCACAUUAUUGUUAUUUUCCAAAACUGCGCCCCACUGCUGAGUGGUGAAGGAAACAAGUGCACUAAAGUGAAUUUAUUGGAAAUGUGUUUAUUUAGUAUGAGCCAGGUGGUGUCUGCGGAUCUGUCAGACAAUAAUGGUUUGUCGUCACAGACAGCUCUGAUGAAGUGAGGUAAUAUUUCAACCUUAAAAAAAAAAAGAUGCAGGUCAUUGUCUCAUUAUAAAGCUUGUGUCUGCACAUCGGGUGAUUGCCCCCCACACACACACACACACACACACACACACACACCACUUUAAAACUGGGUCUGAAUGUCACUACUGAAGAGAAGUCCUGUCGUCCAGAGUUGAGGUUCAGAUGUUGAUUGUCAUUCUUCUCAGUGCCUCAGUGACUGUUUUAUGGAUCCUAUGACUGAAGACAGGGAUUAUAAUUUAUUCUACUUUGGUUAAUUGUGUGUGUGACUUUCUUUUUUUUAUUAACGGAGAGUGAAAGUGAGGUUGUUCAGAUUGUCAGUGCACUCUAAAUGAAGACAGAUUAAAGACAAAUUCCUGCUUUAACUGGACCGAUGUAAAAUACAGUGGUUGUACAGGACGUGAUCAGAAAUUCAAAGUGUAAACUGGAGUUGAACCUGCAUGGAUGUUCAUGUUUUCUUUAUUUUGUGUGUGUGUGGUAAAUCUUAUGAUUUAUAGACCAGAGUGACUGAGAUGAGGAUCAGUCCCAGUAGGCUGUGUGUGAGGGACCAAAGCAGACUGGGGCAGGAUAUUGUGGGUUUUAUUAAUUCAAAACUCAGCAAGCGUCAGUGUGUCUUCUUUUUUUUUUUUUUAUUUCAGAUCUUAAUUGUCACGCUUAAAUAAAGUAAAAAAAAAAAAAAAAAAAAACCCAAAACAAACAAAAAAACAUGUGAGUUUGUGAAACUCAGAGCAGCUGAGACUUUCUCUCCGUCUCUCCCCAGGGUUCAGUUAAGCUGCAGGAUGCAUGACGUGCUGCGUUAGCAAAAGGUGCAUGUGUAGUGUAGCUUGUGAAUGCAGUUUGCUGUUCUGUCAGCAGGUUAUACAUUAAAACUAGGAAACUGCAUGAUGACUCAAAACAACUCAACCUGUCAAGUGUACGCCUCCAAGUCCAAACUGAUGCACUGAAUAGAGACGUGCUGAAUUAGCCUGUAAGGCCAACGAUGUGCCAGGCAUGAAUUCAGAUGUGUUGCUGAAGAAUAAAACAAACAAUAUUUUUAAUUUGA